GGAGCUAGCGGAGAGUUGACCUGCGUUUAUUUUGAGCGCGCACCGUACCCCAAACCCCCCCAAAAAAAAUCGCAGGUCUCGCGUUCGAUCCGGCAACCACUUGCAAGUCGCAACACGCAGCAGCAGCAGCAGCCGCCAUGGAAGAGGAAGCCGGGAGAAGGAUGGAGAGAGGCGAAGGUGAUCAGCUGCGUGGGGCGACGACAGGUAGCCGGAGGGUGGCGGCGGCCGUCGUCGGAGCUAGCGGCGGCGAGAUUGAGAUACAGAUGGAGGCCGCCACGGUCGGUAGCGGGGCAUCUGCGGCGGCAGCGGCGGCGUCGACGUCGUCUGGUCAGGAAGGCGAUGCGGAAGACGGCCUCCAGCAGGUUGAAGGAUCUUUGUUCUUCAAGACCACCUAGCAAAACGCCAACAUGGAAGAGAUUUCUAGCACAUGCUGGACCCGGUUUCCUUAUUUCCUUGGCCUACCUUGAUCCGAGCAAUGGAGAACUGCAUCUCAUUGUAUUAAGAAGAAAAGAGGUGCAAACUGAUUUGCAGGCUGGAUCAAUUCACAAAUACGAGUUGUUAUGGGUUCUAUUCUUUGGGUUCUUUUUGGUAUUGGUCAUACAAUCUUUGGCAGUAAAACUGGGCAUCAUUACAGGAAGGAAUCUUGCUGAGAUGUGUAUGUAUGAAUAUCCAAAGUAUGUGAAGUAUGGCCUUUGGUUGCUCAUUGAGGUUGGCGUGAUUGCUGCCACUAUACCAGGAGUUUUAGGAACAGCUUUGGCAUACAACAUAUUGCUCAACAUCCCUUUUCUGGCUGGUGUUCUGAUAUGUGGAGCAAGCACUUUCCUGCUUCUAGGUUUACAGACCUAUGGGGUUAGGAAAAUGGAGCUCAUAGGAGUUAUUUUUAUGCUCCUUAUCACUGUUUGCUUCUUUAUUGAACUUAGUAGUGUCAAUCCUCCUAUGGGUGAGGUAAUUGAAGGCCUAUUUAUCCCAAGAUUGCGAGGGGUUUAUGCCAUGUCAGAUGCAAUUGCACUAUUUAGCGUCCUCAUUGUGCCGCAUAACCUCUUCCUGCAUUCCUCAUUGGUGGUAUCAAGAAAAAUAUCACCUUCUUCAAAACGAUUUAAGGACACUUCAACAUUCUUCUUGAUUGAGAAUGCAUGUGCUAUGCUCCUUGUGCUACUUGUAAAUGUAGCGAUUGUGUCAACUACGGGGACUAUAUGUGCCAAUACUCAGCUGGUUGACAACAUCGAUGCAUGUAGUAGUCUUACACUGAAGUCGACAUCAAUAUUAUUAAAGAAUAUGUUUGGCAGAUCAACUUCAAAAAUAUAUGGCUUGGCAUUAUUAGCUUCUGGUCAGAGUAACACAGUGACUACCAGCUAUGCUGGACAAUAUAUUAUGCAGGGUUUCUCCGGGAUGAGGAAAUGCAUCAUUUUUAUGAUUGCUCCCUGUUUCACCGUCAUACCUAGUUUGAUAAUUUGCAGUGUUGGUGGUGCCCCUAACAUUCGACAACUCAUCAACAUAUCUGCUAUCAUCCUAGCUUUUGUGUUGCCAUUUUCCCUAGUUCCUCUCCUAAAAUUCAGUAGCAGUUGUGUGGUGAAAGUACCAUACAAGAACUCAAAUAGUAUUGUCAAAGUCGCAUGGAUUCUCUCCGUUGUAAUUAUGGGGAUCAAUAUUUAUUUCUUUUGCAAUAGCUUCAUAAGUUGCCUUGUACAUAGUGAACUUCCAAGAGCAGUCAAUGCUAUAAUUAGCAUCCUUGUCUUCCCAUUCAUGGCGGCAUAUAUCGCAGCUUUAAUCUACUUGGCUUUCAGAAAAGUUAAUGCUGCUGGGCUAUUCCCAUCCGUGCCAGUUUCCAAUGGGACUGAAGUAGAAGCAUGGAGGCAAGAACGCAUCGCUGAUGAUAUUGGUGUACGUUGAUAUGUUUAAAACAUAGUAUAUAAAUCUAUUCUUUCAUGGAAAAAAAGAAUUUAUUCAUACAGCACAUAAUCUGGGAAGAUGUCAAACCAUUGAAAGAUGUACAUAUAUAGCUAUACAUAUAGUUUGAUGAUAUGGGUAGAUUUGUUAUCUAAUUAGGCAUGUAGUAUAAGCAGUUUAUAUUUUUUUAUCUACUUUGGUAUCUAACAUAAGUUAUUUACUGUUGGCGGUUCCUCAUAUUAUUUGGUUGGAGCGAUGGUUAGGGCCCAUCUGAAAUGUGAAACAAUUCUACAGAACACUAGAUGUAAUUGUUUGUUGUUAAUUCAUUUGUUACUUUCUGCAA